AUGGGCCUAGAUCUCACUGACGUCUACCCGCAAGCAUACUAUAGAGAUUGUAGGUCUUCCCUCGUCGUCAUCUUUUCCUCCCGCUCCGAGAUUCCGUGGCUCUGCGCCGCCGCCGCGUCGAGAGCACUUGGAUACCAGCACCGCGAGUGCUCGCCAAUCGCAAAACCAAGCCUAAUUUGUCGCCAAUAUGACCUGCCCUCCCCGCGUCCGUGA